UGAAAGCUUUGAAAAAUGAGGAGCGAGAUUGACUCCAAGCUUUCAGCCUUCUCCCCAUCUCCUUCCUCCUCCUGCUGCUCCUGGUGCUGCUCGCGGAGCUGUGCGCUCCCUGCUCGUCCUCCUCGCCAUUCGCUCUCUCCUCCCUCCUCGCCUUCGAUUUCCCGCACGAUUCCUUCGGAUUUUCCCGGGAAAGUUUGUCCGAUCAGGAGGAGCUCCUCGCUUUCGAGCGCUCGCUCGAUUUGUUUCCGGCUCUUUCUUGGCCGAGUCAACAGAGGGCUUAGCGAAAGUGCGCUCCUUUCCGCAAUACGUUGGAUCUCGAGAUGUUUGAUAAAAGGAAUGAAGGCUUCUACAUGAACUUCUCUAGGAGAGAGCUUCAGACUUUGUGCAAAAAAUAUGGUUUGCCUGCCAAUCGGUCGAAAUCUGAUUUGGCGAAUUUACUAGCUUCUCGCUCACAGGAAUGCAAUUUAAGACCAUUGUCUCAGGUGCACCGUGACUUACAAUUAAGAUUUGCAGAAAAGGAAGGUCCAGGGGCUUCUGUCACGGGUGACUAUGGAUUAAUUUCUUUUCCUCAAGAUAAAGAUGUCAGGCAGUGGUUUCUUCAUACUGUGAAAGCCAAUCAGUUAGAAGGAUCUGUAGAGGCUCAGAGGUUUGAUGAGGACAUAUCUCGAGACCUACUUCCUCAGCAUGCAGAGACACCCUGUCCACAGUUUUCUUUACAAAGUGAUAACACUGGUUUUCAUUGUGGUGUAUUCCCGAGAAUGAUACCUUGUGAGAAAAAAAUGGGUUUGCACGGAUCUGGUGCGGCAGAGUGCAUGUCCCAAGUCCAGUUUAAAGAUAUAAAGGCCGGUGCGUUUUGUGCGGCAGAUGUUAUUUCUGCAUCCGUAUAUUCUGCCAUAGUUCCUUCCUCUUCCUUUGAAUUUCAUGUCAGGUCAGAAGAGGGAAUUAAUCUUCAUGUGGACUUGAACUCAAGCCCAUCUGACUGGGCUGAGAAACUUAAAAACGAUGUUUGUAUAUUUGAGAGUGUCAAUUGUAUGAAUAAUCAAAAUUCUCGUGAGGAGCUUGGACAUCCUGGGGAGAAUAAUGUGAUGAAAAGUUCCCUUUCACAGACUGCAGAUAACAGCCAAAUGGCUUCUGCCCCUUCGGAUGAAGAUAAAGGAAAUAGUUUUGAGGAUUAUUUUCACCCUGAUAGAGUCGACAGUUUGUUGAUUUCUGCUGCUGAGGUGCCAAGUGUCAUGGAUGCAGAAGUUUCAAAGGGUUUAGAAGAAGUUCAGAUGCCUAUCUCAUCCAAAUCUGAAUCAAUUGCGCAGAGCCAGAUAAUUUCUCCGGUGGCAUCCUGUGGCAUGGGUGGUUGUAAUCCGAAUAUCUCUGAUAACCCCGACAUAAAGUCUGGCAAUGAUUCAUUUUCACAUACAAUAUCAGAUGCUACAGUUAGUUUUAUCACAUCAGAUCAUGUUGCCAAGCAUGGUGGCGAGAAUUGUAUAAAUUCAGAUUUGCAAAACAACUGUAAACCCACUAAUUUUGGUGCGACGGUUCCUGAAGGGUACAGAGUUGGUUCCAAAGAGUUGCACUUGUCGAAAGCUGCAAGUUUUCAGGGGCAUUCACUUUCACCUUUCAAGACUAAUACAAUUGACAUUCUGGUUGAUUGGAAGAACAAAAGUGAAUCAGAGGGUGAAUCAGCCAACACCUUUGAGCUUAAGCACGACCAUGAUGGAAAUGUUCCUACUUGUUCCGACAUAGAGGAGAGGAGCAGCACUGCUAGUGGGGUGGAGAGUAUUGUAUGCUCGCAAUUUGAAAAAUCAUCUGCAAGAAGUUCUUCAAGAUUUGAUGAUAUUGAUUCGAAUGAAAUGUUACAAAAGAGACUACGAGUGGAUAGCGAUGACCAAAGUGACUGUGUUGGAAUGGAUGUUAGAAUUUCUAGAUGCUCCAAACAUCCUAAUUUGGAAGUUCUACCAAGAAGAUCUGUGCGGCUGGUGCCCAAGUGACUUUUUGCACUCGGCUGGGGCAACAAAAUGAACAUUCUUCAUCAUAAGGAGGCAGUAAGUGUGGAGAUUCAUUCGUCACUUUUGAAGGAACAUGGCAUUAAUAUGAAUUAUCACUAUACUCCCUUCGUCUCAAGUGUGGUGGGCUUAUUUGAAAGGGAGAAAAAACUUGUUAUCACUCUUAUGAGUUUCCCUUCAGAAUUUGAGAAUUAGAUAAGAUAUACAUACGUGGUUUCAUUUACCGGGGAAACUCCUGCGCUUCUCCUAAUUUUGUCGCGCGUCAGAGAACUGAAGUCACUCGAAAGAACCAAAAAGAGCCAGAUUCAUGCAGUGUUGUCAUUGUGUGUGUUAAUCUAUUGAUUAUUAUUUCUCCAUAAGUAUGCAUAUAAUCUGUAAGCCUUUUGCUUAGCAUAUUUACUUUCAUUUUGUACUCUUUUCUACAUCAGAACAAAGUGUUUUAGCUGCAUACUUGGACAACCCGUUUGCGCGGGAAUGUACUUUUUUCAGAUUGUCAACUAGGGUUCUGCACUUCUGACCAAAAAAAAAAAAAAACUAGGGUUCUGCACUUUCUAGUUUGGAGAAUUAGCUGUGUACCUAAGUAUUUUCAGAUGAGCUUACCACAACUUUUAAAGUGAGCUUUGCUAAGCUCUUGAGUAUUGUAUUUCGGACAUGAUUGUUUGGUUACCAGAAGCUUAAUCGAGAGCCGCGACACGAAUGAACGAUCUCAACUAGAGUCGCA